CAGUUAAAUAAAGCAAGUUUCAAGGCAACGCUGCCGAUCCGUGGAGGUGGUAAUGCCAUACGGUAUCUACUGGUACUGUGUACUUUGGGCGUAUCGGGACGCCACCGGCCGACGUCAAGAGAAACAAAUUACGGCCCUCAGCGAUGGACUUCAGGGCACCGCUUCAGCUGGAAGGCAUCUUGCCGAUCAAAACCCAUUGCCCACCAAUUUCUUCUUCUUCUUCUUCUUCUCUUCAAUCGCUGCAGUUGCCCGCUGAAUUAUCCGCAAGCACCGAAAAUCCCCGGUUGCUUUCUUUCACCUUGUUCCGACCAGAGCAUGAGACAGCCACCCCGCCCUACCGACGUCUGAUCUGCCGACUUGAGUCGUCAUCACAGGAGGCUAAACUCCAUACUUCUUCCUCUUCCUUAUCCCGCGCCUCCUCCCACACAUCCUCCUCACCCCCAACCUCCCCCCAACCCGCAUCAGUUCGUGGUCGUCCAUCCCCUGGGUUCAGAGUCGGACAAUCCUGCGGCUGGAAUACUUCCCCGGUUCAUCUACUCGAAACACUGGUGAUCUCGCCGCUCCCUAGAUCCCCGUGCUAGCUCCGAGCUUCAGGACACGGAUGCGAUAACUACAGCGCCCGGAUGACGAAUGGUCUGUCGUAGAGACCUCCGAUGGCAAAUUGUGCCUGGGC